AUGGGUCCUCCCGGUGCUGGCAAUAGCGAGUCCCAGGAAAGUCCGUUCAAACCCAAUGUUCUCCAAGGGAAAGUCGUUUUGAUCACGGGGGGUGGCUCGGGAAUAGGCUUGGAGAUCUCGAGGCAGUUCGGCAGGCACGGCGCUAGGCUCGCAAUCAUGGGUCGUAGGGAGGCGGUGCUACGAGCAGCAGCAGACGAGCUAGCGAAGGAAGGGAUCGAGGCCUUGCCUGUCAUGGGUGAUGUGAGGCGAAAAGAAGACGCACACAGCGCCGUGGCUGCUACUGUGGAGAGAUACGGCCGCCUAGACGUUCUCAUCAAUGGCGCCGCUGGAAACUUUCUGGCAGCUGCGGAAGACCUUUCAGUGAAUGGCUUUCGAACAGUCCUUGACAUAGAUGCAGUGGGUACAUUCAACAUGUGCCUGGCUGCCAGGCCAUUCCUGCAGAGGGGGGCGCGUGGCAGGGCGGAGGAGGAGGGAGGGGGAUCCAUUAUAAACAUCAGCGCUACUCUGCACUACACCGCUGCUUGGUACCAAGUGCACGUCUCGGCUGCUAAGGCUGCAGUGGAUGCCACCACCCGGUCCUUAGCCCUCGAGUGGGCAACGGACUACGGCAUCCGAACCAAUGCGAUAGCUCCGGGGCCGAUAGGUUCGACGCCAGGCAUGGCGAAGCUGGCGCCGUCAGAGCUGGGCAUCGAUGCCGGGGAGCUCAACCCGAUGCAGCGCAUGGGUGACCCUUGGGACAUUGCUAUGGCUGCUCUCUACCUCACAGCAGACACGGGGAAGUAUGUGAACGGGGCAACGCUGGUGGUGGAUGGGGGGGGCUGGCUGCGCCGUGCUCUGUUGCGCGCAUACAUUGCUCUACACAUCCUCGCCCUCUUCCUCUUCCAGCUGCCUCUCUCACAGCACUGGCGGCCCUUCGAGCAGUGGGGCCAGACACUUGGCCUCUUCCGAUUGGACGUGAGGGAGAUUCUGGAUCCGCGGCAGCUGCUGCAUGUGCUGGAAACGGCUCUCCUGCUCUCCGCCUUUGCACUGCUGUCUUCCCAUCGCUCCCUCGCUACCUCCCAUCAUUCUUCCCGCACUCGGUCCUCUUCCCGCCCACCCUCGUCUCAAGCUCCACGCCCACACUUGCACCCAACCCCUGGCCUCUACCCUCAACGUUCCUCCCAAACCUCCGCCUGGCUCGGGCCGAGCCUGCCUCUUUUAGCUUCGGAAGCAUCCCAGAUUCUGUAUCAGGUGAUUGAGGAGGAGGAGGAGGAAGGGGAUGAUGCGGCUGGGGAGGAGGAGAGGGAAGAGGAGGAGGGCGGGGAAGGGGAAUGGGAGCUGGAGCAGCAGGAGGAGGUAGUUGCAAAAGCACUAGCAGCUAGAGUGAGAGGGGCAGGUGUGGGAGGCGUGCAGUGGCGAGGGGGGGCACAGGCUAGGAGUGGGUUUGAGAACAGGGAGCAGCAGAGAGGAGAGAAAGGGGGGAAUUGGAGGGGAGAGAGGGAUGUGCCACUGAGGCAACUGGGAGCAGGCAGUGCAUCGAGAGGAGAGGAGUUGGUGGGGGGAGGUGCAGACGCUGAGGAGGAUGACAAUGGGAAGGGACUCAGACGCCAGUUUACUGCCUUGUCGUGGUGA